GCACGCAAGCCAUAGAGGAAAUCGCUUAGGGUGUCCAUCGAUAGAGGGAUCUUUCAGGAAACUCGUCCCUAAAAGGUAUCUGUGUCUAUAGAAAAAAACGGUCAUUAUCGUAACUGCAUUCCUGAGCGAUUUAACAGAGCAUGCGCUCCACGCAUUAUUCGAGAAAAACGUCAUGCAAAAUAUGAAAGAAACGAACAAAAGAAUCAGUUCUUGAUACGACGUUGUCACAAGAACCAACAUGAACGUUGGUCGAGUUUGGCAAGUGGAAUACGCUUGCGGAUGGAACUUAUACACCAUGAAAUUCAUUGGGAUUUGGCCAGAGGAAAGAAGCUUCGAUCGAAUCUCGAGCUACAAAGUGUUAAUAGGAAUUGCAUUCAUCAUCUUGUUCUGCACAUUACCUCAAUCGAUAAUGCUAUGUCUCGAUCGAGACGACUUCGACAUGGUUAUGGAAAACUUAUCUGUGGACAACAUGAACGGAACGAUAGCAUUCAUAAAGAUGAUAUGCUUCUGGUCCAGCGGAGGACAAAUGAAGGAUCUUCUCUCCGCAAUGGAGGAAGACUGGAAGGAAAUACCAACGAAAGAAGAUGAAAAGAAAAUGAUGAAGCAGGCGAAAUUCAGUAGGAUUUUAGCUACGAGAGCAACCUUUAUUUGUUACGCUCUUAUCGCGGUUUAUGCUGUGAAAAGAUGUUUAUCGAUGCGUACCGACGGUCGUCUUCUAUUUCUCUCGUCAUAUUUUCCAUACGAGACAAUGACGAGUCCGAUAUUCGAAUUGACCUUCAUCUGUCAAGUAAUUGGUUCGGUUUAUUAUACCACGGCGUAUACAACAGUGGAUACUUUUCUAGCCAUGUUGAUCCUUCACGUGUGCGAACAACUUUCGAGACUACAAAACGAACUGAUCGAUUUGAAUUCCAGUACGAGAAAGGAUUUUCAGAUUAAGUUAAGUUACAUCGUCAAGAGGCACGAACAUUUGAACAGAUUCGUCGACACGAUAGAGGACCGAUUCAACGUAAUGCUCCUUUUCCAAAUACUUGGCUGUACCUUUCAAUUGUGCAUCGAAUGUUUCCAAGGACUUCUGUUAAUGGCCGGAGAAGUUGAAGAAAUGCCGUUAGUAGAGAUCUUCUUCUUCGGUUUUUAUAUAUUCUACGUUCUACUUCAACUAUACCUUUACUGCUACGUCGGUGAAAGACUUUGGUCCGAGAGUACCGAAGUUGCUCGUGCCGCAUACGAAUGUAAAUGGUACGAUUUACUACCGAACGAGGCUAGAUCACUGAUUUUGAUAAUCCGUCGAUCGCGAUCUCCUUUGCGUCUGACAGCUGGCAAAUUCUGUACUUUCAAUCAUGAACUUUACAGCAGCGUUUUGAAGACAUCAAUGGGUUAUUUAUCUGUUUUGCGUGCGACAAUCAUAAAGGAUGAAUAAUAUUUUAGAAUCAAUUAUAAAUUGCUAUGUUACCCUAGAAUCGAAUAUUUUCCAAAAAAUUAUAUUUUGAUUAUACUUUGCUCGUAGUUUAAUUCAAGAAUUUAUUAAAUCAUAAUCCUGACAAAUUUUGUAUAUAUUUUUUCACUGAAUGAAUUCUUUCAAUUUAUAAUCUGAAAAAAUAAUUGUCUGUGGAGUUUAGUGAAAGAAUAAUUGAUUUUGGAUAAUAAAAACU